UUAAUCAUCUUUAACACAUUCAUUAAUAAUUCAUCUUUUUUAUUUUUGUUACAAAAAAAUGGGAAUUUUCUCAAAUGAUAAAGCUCUUGUGCUUAAGUUUGCUUUAGUGGUUGCUAUUAUGGUAACCUCUACGGCUUACGGCGCAGGCAACUUUUUCGACGAUUUUGAAACAACGUUUGGUGGUGAUAGGGUGCAAAUUUCCGGCUCUCGUAGCGAGCAACUCUCGCUCGCCUUAGAUCAGGGUUCAGGAUCCGGGUUCCGGUCUAAGAAGGAAUACUUGUUUGGAAGAAUUGACAUGCAAAUGAAACUUGUUCCUGGUAAUUCUGCUGGUACUGUCACGACGUUAUAUUUGACAUCUGAUCAAAGCACAGGAAGACACGAUGAGAUCGAUUUCGAGUUCUUAGGGAACGUAACUGGCCAGCCUUACACUCUUCACACCAAUGUGUUUAGCCAAGGACAAGGCAAUAGGGAACAACAAUUCCACCUUUGGUUUGACCCAACAAGCAACUUUCACACCUAUUCCAUUGUUUGGAACCCACAACUAAUUAUGUUCUUGGUGGAUGAAACGCCCUUAAGAGUAUUCAGAAACUACGAGAACAAAGGGAUUACAUUUUUCCCAAAGAGCCAACCCCAAAGAAUAUACGCUAGUCUUUGGAAUGCCGACGAUUGGGCAACACAAGGAGGAUUGGUGAAGACAGAUUGGUCUAAGGCUCCCUUCAACGCCUACUACCGGAACUUCAACAUCGACACCUCGACGAACGGGAAGUGGAAGACUCAUGAUCUUGAUGCAAACAGCAGGAGAAGAAUGAAAUGGGUUCAAGAUAACUAUAUGAUCUACAAUUAUUGCACUGAUUGGAAGAGAUUUUCUCAAGCUUUUCCUCCAGAGUGCAAGCAUGCCAAGUUUAAUUAAGGGGUGAAAAUAUGGACAUAUAAUAUAUUUGCAUGCAUGGCCUACCAUUUAAUUCAUAUUGUAUUUUAAUUUGAUUCUUUAUUCAUAAAUUAUAUACUUGUAUUCAUUUCACUUUGUAUUUUAGGUUUAUACAUGAAUUUACAUUUUUAUGUGUAAUUGUAAUCAUAAGAUAUUCAAUAAAAUCAAAUUGAUUGAUUCUUUUUUAUAAUUAAA